AUGAGCUACUCUCUGGACACUAUAGGUAGCCCCUCUUAUAGGAGGAUGGCGGAGAUUAGGACCAGCUACAGUCGGACCAGCAGUUCCCCCACCAGCGGUUUCAGAUCUCAGAGCUGGUCCCGAAGUACUCCUAGCACCAUUUCCUCCUCUUAUAAGAAGAUCAACCUAGCUGCGCCCAGAGGGUUCAGCUCCAGUGACAGUUUGGACCUGAGUCAGUCCUCCGGCUUCAAUGGGGACCUCAAGCAAGUCCGGUCCAGCGAGAAGGAGCAACUGCAGGGACUUAAUGACCGCUUUGCCGGCUACAUCGAGAAGGUCCAUUACCUGGAGCAGCAGAACAAGGAGAUCGAGGGAGAGAUCCAGGCCCUGAGACACAAGCAGAGCGGCUACAGCCAGCUGGGUGAGAUCUAUGAACAGGAGUUGAGGGAGUUGAGGACCAACUUGGAGCAAGUCAACCACGAGAAGGCGCAGAUCCUCCUAGACUCCGAACACCUGGAAGAAGACCUCCAGAGGCUGAAGGACAGGUAUGACGACGAGGCCAGGAUCAGGGACGAGACGGAGUCUGCUGUAAGGUCUAUGCAGAAGGACAUAGAUGACACGUCCUUGAUAAAGGUGGAGCUGGACAAGAAGGUGCAGUCCUUGCAGGAAGAGAUCGCCUUCCUCAAGAACAACCAUGAGGAAGAAGUGGGCGAGCUCCUAGCGCAGAUCCAGGCCUCACACAUCACUGUAGAUAGGAAAGAUUUCCAGAAAACAGACCUGGCCUCAGCCCUGAGGGAAAUCCGCUCCCAGCUGGAGGGCCACUCCAACAGCAACAUGAUGCAGACAGAGGAAGUCUUUAAAAACAGAUAUGUAAAGCUGACAGAGGCGGCCGAGCAGAACAAGGAGGCCAUCAGGUCUGCCAAAGAGGAGAUCGCAGAAUACAGAAGGCAGUUACACAGCAAAACUGUGGAGCUGGAGUCUGUCAGGGGUACCAAAGAGUCACUGGAGAGGCAACUGAAUGACAUAGAGGAGAGACACAACCAUGACUUGACCAGUUACCAGGAAACCAUCCAGCAGCUGGACAAUGAGCUGAGAGGAACAAAAUGGGAAAUGUCCCGACACCUGAGGGAAUACCAGGACCUGCUCAAUGUCAAGAUGGCUCUGGAUAUAGAAAUUGCUGCAUACAGGAAACUCUUGGAAGGGGAAGAAACCCGCUACAGUUCAUUCUGCGGCAUUCCAUCAGGCCCCUCAGCUCCAGCCAGACAGGCACCUAUCACAAUAUCCUCUACCCGCAUACAGACUUCACGAGCUGAGGCACCAAGAGUUAAAGUGCAACACAAAUUUGUUGAGGAGAUCAUUGAAGAGACCAAAGUGGAAGAUGAGAGGUCAGACAUGGAGGCAGCUUUGGCAGCUAUGGCAGAAGAGUUUGCAUCUGGUCUUCUAGAUGAAGAUGAGCAGAAGGAGGAUGAAGAAGAGGAAGAAAAAGAGGGAGAAGGAGAAGGAGAGGAAGAGGGUGAAGGUGAGGUGGAGGAGGAGAUUGUAGCAGCUGUAGAAUCCACAGUACAGGCAGCAGCACCAGGUGAAGAAGAGGAGGAAGAAGCAGAAGAAGAGGGAGAAAAGGCAGAGGAAGAAGCAGAGGAGGAGGGUGAGAAGGGAGAAGAAGAGGGAGAAGAGGAAGGAGAGGAAGGAGAAAAAGAAGAAGAAGAAGCAGCAGAAGAGGAAGGGGAGAAAGAGGAAGAAGCAGAAGAGGGAGAAACAGCAGAGGGGGAGGUAGAAGAAGAGGAGAAGGAAGAAGAAACAGCAGAAGAAGUAGCAGCA